GUUUACAGUGCACAAAGGCAAGGCUGUUGAUUGGUUACCAGUCAGUCCAUUCACAUGUAAAUCAGCCCUCAUAAAUGUCCCCAUUCAGUCGCCCACUUUGCACAGUAUAUGUAGUGCUUGUUAGCACAGACUUUUGUCUCGAAUUGAACCCGCCGACCAUCUGCCCUCCAUUCAGGCGUCCUCUCAGCGGUCUCUUUACUGCAGCAAUAUGGCCCCUGCGUCCCGCAGUAACAGACAAGAGGAGGAUUUUUACGGAAUAAAAGACAGAAAGACGAGGAAGCCGCUGGUGGAGAAAAAGAGACGCGCCCUCAUCAAUGAAAGUUUACAGGAGCUGAGGCUACUGCUAGCCGACCCGGAUGCGCAGAUAAAAAUGGAGAAUGCAGAUGUGUUGGAAAUGACCGUGAAGCGCGUGGAAACUAUCCUGCAAAACAAAGAGAAUGAAGCUGACAGCGUGAACCGCGAAGCUAACGAGCGCUUCGCCGCGGGAUACAUCCAGUGCAUGCAUGAGGUGCACACCUUCGUGUCCGGCUGUCCGGGAAUCGACGCGAGCAUCGCCGCCGACCUGCUGAACCAUCUCCUGGAGUGCAUGCCUCUGAACGACGAGGAUCGCUUUCAGGACAUCCUGUCAGAUCUCGUGCCGGACUCUAGUAACUGUGGAACUUGGCCUGGCGAGGCGACAUACGCUGCGUUGUCGCCCGGAGACAGGAGCGUGGUCAGCAGCGGCUCCUUAGCCUUGUCCCCGGCCCCCUCCACCACCUCCAGCGACGACCUUUGCUCUGACCUGGAUGAUACGGACACGGAGCACAGCCGAAUCUCGGUGGACGCCAGGGAUCCGGCGCCAAGCGUGCCAACCAUGCAUCUCUCCAAGUCCAUGUGGAGACCUUGGUAG